AUUAUUUUUUAUUAUUCACGAAUACGAGAAGUAAAGCGGAAAAAAUCAGAAUUUUCCGUGAAGAUUCUCAACCUGAGACGGUACGAUUUCUGGAAUGCUCUUUUGAAUAACCUGGAAAAACACCUCUCUGAUGCCAGGAUCAGCGUCUGAUGCGAGAAUCUCGAAUGAUGCGUGGAAGAAUUGUUUUCACAGGCCAAGGGAAGUAUAUACAAAAUUUCUCCAAAAUACUACGUCAUGUUUUUCACUUUAAAUGUCCCAGCUGUUUUUGCUGCCAUCGUUACCAUGGAACCCGCACGUCAUACGCAGGCGCUAUGACUAGAAUUAGUUGCUAGUAAUCGAUUUUCUUCGUUCAAUCUUCGAUACUCGUGAUAAAUGUUGUGCAAAUGUAGACGAUUUUCUACUAUGGUGCUUUUUCGUUUAUAAUUGUUUCUUCAUGGGUUGCGGGAGUUCUUCGUCGGGUGCUGUGAUAACAACUCAGCAAUCGACUGUGGUAACACCACAAUACAGUGGAACUCAAACAGUAGUGCAAUAUCCCUCAUCUUACCCACGACAAGCAGUCUAUCCACAACAACGUGGACCACCACCAGCUUACUACAACCAGCGUUAUCCUGGUCAGCCUGUUGGAUAUGGAACCCCUGGGGUCAUUCAGCAACCUCAGACAGUUGUGGUCCAGGAUAGAGACAGAGGUGGAGACCUCUUGGUUGGAAUGGCAGCCGGAGCAGUAAUGGCAAAUGCUCUGCAUGGACCUCAUUACUAUGGGCACGGGUCACAUAUCCAUAUCCAUGAUCACGACCACUUCCAUAGUGGUGGGGAUCACUUUCACGAGCACCAUCACUAUGGAGGCCCUGAGUAUCAUGAACAUUAUGGUGACAAUGGUGGGUUUGAUGGUGGUGGGGGGUUUGAUGAUGGUGGUGGAUUUGAUGGCGGAGGUUUUGAUGAUGGAGGAGGGUUUGAUUAAAGGAGGGAACGGUGUUUUAGAGGAAUGUAGAGACAGCAAAAAAGAUGCAAGUAGAUACUGGGAUUUCUAUAUUAAGAGCCAAUUAGGGGCAAAAUUCACUGUAUAUAUUUCUAACAAUAUUUCCUGCAAAAUUUUCUGAAACUUAAAGAACAUUGGAGUGAAAAUUGCACUUUUGUUAGCCAUCUACCUUGCAGUUUUUGCUGUUUGCUUUGAAACUUAAUGAAAACCCUGAGAGAAAAAGCUUGAAAUUAGCCAAGGAAUCAGCCUUGAAUGAAAGAUGACUCGCUUACUGCACAUGACAUGUACUGGUAAUAUUUGCCAAUAAGCCAUACGGUACAACCAGAACUGAGCUUAUAACCUAGGUCAUAUGCUUCUGUUUCCACUGAAAGCAUUUGAAAGCAUGAGGUAGACUUUCAGAACAGCUCUGUCAGUAUAUGAAGACUAUGAGGCCUUUUUAUGGAGCAAAAAUUGUUUCUGCUUUCUCAGGCUUCAUUUAAGUUAUUGUGUCAGUAAAUUAUUCUAAGUUCACUUUUUCCUACAUAUUUAGAUUGAGCUUUAAUGUGAGGUAUUUUUGAAAGCUGUGAUAACCCUACCAAGACAUAAAAAAUAAUGAAUUUAUACAGUCAUGUAUCCCAUUCAGCUUCACAACAAAUUCAUUCUGUUGAUAUUACAUAUAGCAGUAAAAGUAUGUCACUGUAUUUAUUGUAAAUGCAUUUCCUCCCUGGCCAGAAGUUUGAGUGACAGUAUUUAAACUGAGUACAUAACUUUUUGUAAGUAUGUGGAAAAAUCAAUGUAUUAAAAUUAAAUUACAUAUCAGAACACAUAUUUGUAGGAUGUUGAUACUUCAUAACUUCACAAUAAAUAAAAAUAGAAUUUAAGGUGAGUAGGGGUGUAUUUUUUUGUUUAGUUAUUUAAUAGAUACUUUGUUAUAACUAUAGUGUACUAUAGUUAAUCUAUGAAAAAUUAAAGUUACCCUCUCAGAUA